AUGGAUGAUGGAGAGAGAGAUUUCUCUGGCCAAGUCUUAAAGAUGGAUAAUCAAAUACUGACAAUGGAUAGUUUUUUGGAAGAUUUCCUUGCUGAUAAUCAUGCAAGUAUGAACCCAACAAGAGAAGGUGCACCUGAUCCACAAAACUAUUUCCACCUCCGUACCAAAAACCUUCCUGUUGAAGAGAAGACCACUACCGAGAAAACGUAUGACUCUGCUGAAAUUAAAUCCAAAAAACGUGCACCUGGUAAUAGGGAGUCUGUGCGUAAGUACCGCGAGAGAAAGAAAGCCCGUAUAGCUUCAAUGGAGGAUGAACUAAUCAAAUUGAGAAUCGUAAAUCAGCAGUUGUUAAAAAGGCUGCAGGUACAGGUUGCACUUGAGCAAGAGGUAGCUAGGCUUAAGCUUCUGCUUGUAGACAUUAGGGGAACUAUUAAAGGCGAACUUGGAUCAUCUCUUCACCAAAAACCAACUAAGGGUACCGGUGGUGGCAUUUCGCAAAACAUGUCCCCCUCUACCUUGGUUGCAGAUUACGAUAUGAACCAGUGCAACCUUAGACACCCCGGUUUAGAUAAUUAA